UGAGAGUAGGGGGACCAAAUCGGGUAGGAUGGCGGACCGCGGCGGGGAGUUGGGAGGCUAUCACCCUCACCACGCGCAGCGUGCUGUUUGUGACUCGCGGGCCAAGUACCGGGAGGGCCGGAGGCCCCGUGCAGUUAAGGUAUAUACAAUCAAUUUGGAAUCUCGGUACUUAUUAAUUCAAGGAGUUCCCGCUGUGGGAGUUAUGAAGGAGUUGAUUGAGCAAUUUGCUUUAUUUGGUGCUAUUGAACAGUAUAAUGCUCUAGAUGAGUAUCCGGCAGAAGAAUUUACAGAAGUGUAUCUAAUUAAAUUCCAAAAAUUACAAAGUGCAAGGAUAGCCAAAAGAAAAUUGGAUGAGCGAAGUUUUUUCGGUGGUUUACUUCAUGUGUGCUAUGCUCCAGAAUUUGAAACAGUACAAGAAACCAGAGAGAAAUUACAGGAGAGGCGACGAUAUAUAGCAAGAACAACUGGGAUUAAAGAAGAUAAAGUCCAACCAGUAACAAAGAAAAAUAUGAAUACAGAACCUACAUUUACAAAAGACCUCAGAAAUUACUUUCAAUCAAAGGCAUCUGAAUUUUGUGCAACUUCUUCAAAUCCUUAUACUGAAAAUCCAUGGAAUUGUUAUCCUAGCUCUCUGAAUUCAACUCCAUAUCAUAUCUCCUCAAAGUAUACAGCUUCUGAAUCAGGAGAUCUCUUAGAGAGAACUCUAAUCUCCCCUCAGCUUGAUAGAAACUAUAACAAAACUAUGUCAGAUUAUAACCAGAAGAACUCUUUGACUAAGAGUACAGAGAUGGAAAUGACUAGAACUUCACUAGGCUAUAUUGGACCCCAAAAGGUUAUUCCUUCUAAUAAUGGGAUUGCUAGAUUCAUGCCUCGAACAACUCAGCUGCAGGAGCGAAAGAGAAGAAGAGAAGAAGACCGUAAACUUGGAACUUUUCUUGAAACAAACCCCCAAAAUAAGGAGGUUAUUAUUGGACCACAGCUACCAGAAAUCCCUAAAGUGGAUAUGGAGGAUGAGUCUUUGAAUAUGUCAGCUAAUCUAAUCCGUAAUAAACUAAAGGAGGUCAUUUCUUCCCAACCAAAACCUUCAGAGAACAAGCUGGAAGAUACACAUACAAGUCGUCCAUUAAAACAAAGGAGAAGAAUAUAGAAGAUUAUAGACCUGGAAAUUGGCAUGGUACCUUUUCCCAAAAAGAUCACUUAUGUUAUUUAAAUUGAUAACUUUUGUUAUUGUUGGUAUUUCAUAUUGUAUAUCCUUUGCACAUUAAAUAAGGAAAAUGAUUCAAUUUCAUUUUAAAAUCAGAACUUUUUUUAUUUUUGCUGAGG